AGCAGUCGCUGUAAACACAGCGUUUAUCCGAAGGUUAAAGUGUCUUCAGAUGCUACAGAGAAAAUGUCUAAAAACACUAAAACAGUGCUGAUUUUCGGAGGCUUCAUUACGGCGGUGGCUGCUGCAUUUUAUCCCAUCUUCGUCUAUCCUCUGAUGCACAAAGAAGAGUACAGACAAAUCCAAAAGGUGAACCGGGCAGGAAUCAACCAGGCAGACGUGCAGCCCGUGGGUCUGAAGAUCUGGUCUGACCCGUUUAAGCCCGUGGACAAGUGAUGACCGUUGUGAGCCGGGCUUUACUCCAGAAGUCCUGGAUGCAGAUGAAUGAUGGAUGUCUUUGUGACGAGUGUUUGGUGUGUGCUUGAGUGAAUUGUGUCAAUAAAGUGUUUUUAUUUGUUCUAUUUUUCAUCCUAAAUAAAAUCUAAAGAGCUAA